AUGGGAGUGGAGGGAGGCCAUUUCACUCUCAAGUUUCAUACAAGGGAUUUGGGUUAUUCAAUCAAUAAUUAGGCCCAAUUUCGAAAAGAUCCAAAUUCCUCUUAAACUGGGACCCAAGCCUCUCCACUCCUCUUUGAAACCCAGCCUAAAUUCAAUUCAAUUUUGAAUUCUUUAGCCCAAGCCUCUUCAGAAUUUCUGGUCUUGGACAAACAUAAAUAAAAUUGUUUGUAAUAGAAAAAGCUAGCACACUACAAGUACCAGCAGCAGAGGAGAAUCACUGAGCCCGUAAAUACAUACCGACUAGGAUAAAAUGGCAUGUGAUUCUGCGUUUUGGUUUCGAUUUAUUUGAGUUUGUUAGAAAUGCCCCAUGGUGUGAGGUUUGGGGACUAUGCUUUCUCAAGUGAUUCAUAAGCAGUUCGUAUCAGAUCAAAUGGGAAGAUGAAAAAUGCUAGAAUACCCAUAAUUAGACCCUCCUGUUUCUCAUCAUCACAGAAACACAACCUCCCGGUCCCACCAAACCAAACUUUCCUGCCAACACAAGACUCUUUCUCUCAUCCAACUGUUACCUCUUUAUCCUCUGCUCUACAGCAAUACAUCAACUCAGAUAACCCUUCCUAUGGCCAAAAGAUACAUUCCCAUAUUCUCAAAACUGGGUUCAGACCCAACACCAAUAUCUCCAUCAAACUCCUCAUAUUGCAUUUGAAAUGUGGCUAUAUUAAAUAUGCACGCAAAGUGUUUGAUGAAUUACCUCAGACAACUCUUUCUGCUUAUAAUUAUAUGAUUGGUGGGUAUCUUAAACAUGGGUUAGUCGAAGAAUCACUUAGUUUCGUUCGUAGGUUGGUUUAUUCUGGUGAAAAGCCUGAUGGGUUUACAUUUUCUAUGAUUUUAAAGGCAUCUACUUGUGCUUGUGAAGUGCCUUUGCUGUGUAGUUUGGGAAGGCUGGUGCAUGCACAGAUACUGAAAUUUGAGGUUGAACCUGAUGAUGUUCUUUAUACAGCACUUGUUGACUCGUAUGUUAAGCAUGGGAAGGUUGGUUAUGCGAGGACUGUGUUUGAUAUGAUGUUGGAAAAGAAUGUGAUAUGUUCAACAUCUAUGAUUUCUGGUUACAUGAAUCAAGGCUCUGUGAAAGACGCUGAAGAUAUAUUCAGGAAGACAAUGGAAAAAGAUCUAGUUGUAUAUAAUGCAAUGAUUGAAGGUUACAGUAAAUCAAUUGAAUAUGCUAGGAGAUCAGUUGAGGUUUAUGUUGACAUGCAACGGUUGAACUUUCGGCCUAAUAUAUCUACAUUUGCUAGUGUUAUUGGGGCCUGCUCUGUGUUGGCAGCAUUUGAAAUUGGUCAACAAGUCCAAAGUCAACUUAUGAAGACUGAACUUUUUACUGACAUUAAAUUGGGAAGUGCUCUAGUAGACAUGUACUCUAAAUGUGGACGAAUUGAUGAUGCACGGAGAGUUUUUGACCACAUGCCUGAUAAGAAUGUGUUUUCAUGGACUUCCAUGAUUGAUGGAUAUGGGAAGAAUGGAUUUCCAGAUGAAGCACUUGAGCUUUUUAGCAAGAUGCAAAACAACAGCCACCUUGAACCCAAUAAUGUUACAUUCCUAAGUGCUCUAUCAGCAUGUGGACAUGCUGGGCUAGUUGAUAAAGGGAAGAAAAUUUUUGAGAGCAUGGAGAGAGAUUACUUGAUGAAACCAAAGAUGGAGCAUUAUGCUUGCAUGGUUGAUCUCUUAGGACGAGCAGGAAGUUUAAAGCAAGCGUGGGAUUUUGUAAGAGGGAUGCAUGAAAAGCCUAAUUCUGAUGUUUGGGCGGCUCUGCUUAGUUCAUCUAGGCUGCAUGGUGAUGUUGAGAUGGCAAGCAUAGCUGCAAAUGAACUUUUUAAGUUGAAUGCUGAUGGUCGGCCUGGGGCAUAUGUUGCACUAUCCAAUACUUUGGCAGCUGCUGGGAAAUGGGACAAUGUAAGUGAGCUUAGGGAUGUAAUGAAGGUAAAAGGAAUAUCCAAAGAUACUGGAUACAGUUGGGUUGGAACCGACAUUGCUUUCACUGGUUGCACCCUCUGCCUGCCACCCAUUGUGUCCCUUUACUCCACUUUCAACUUCUUGAUCUGCUUCUUCGCGUACAGCAAUGCCACUGCACUGAACUGCUUCCUUCAAUCCUCUCUCUCUCUCUCUCUCUCUCUCUAACUUUGUGAAGACAGUUUGAAGGUGAGAUUUGCUAACUUUGCCAAAGGUUUUUAUUUUUAAAAUUUUUUAUGGAUUUAAUCUUCUAAUCCAUUAUGGUUUGGUUAUUUUGAUGAUGAUCUCAGCCACUUCUUGUCCAAACGUUCUUGUAAGUGUGUUAGUCUACAACUCUCGAAUCCAGGUAAGGUAAUAGAUUUUCAUAGUACUCUUUGUGUGCUCCGAUAUUUUGAUUGUUUCUUCUUUUUUUUUUUUUUUAAAUUGUUUUUUAUUUAUGUAUUUUUAAAUUUGGAGGUUUUGAUUCUUGCGAAUAUUUAUGGAUGGACUAGUUUGGAUUAUAUUAAUCUUUAUGUUGUGAAUUUGACUGUAAUUGUUGGCAUUUAUGUCUGGGUAACACCAACCUACUGUGAAUUUGUUUUGACAUAUUGUACACAAGGUGUUUGAUGAAGUGAUUUAGAGGGUCUAGGUUGUGAAUUUGACUGUAAUUGUAGGCUUUUAUGUCUGGGUAACACCAACCUACUGUGAAUUUGUUUUGACGUAUUGUACACAAGGUGUUUGAUGAAGUGAUUUAGAGGGUCUAGGUUGUGACUUGCAUGGCCUUGCCCUUUAUAUUUUUGUGAGACGUGAAGCAUUUGAAGAGCUUUUGUCAUAUCCUUUGAAGAUGAAUAUCUGCUUUGGGUUCUUGGGUUAGACUGCAAGCACAAAUUCCAAUCUUGUUGUAAAGCCUUUAACUGCUGAUGCAGUUUGUUUUGUUUUUCUUUCUCUUCCACAUGACAGCCCCUAUGUUAUGGUCCGUUAUAUGACAGCCCAUUUCUUGAACCUCAUAUGUCAAGUAUGUUCUUAAUUACAAAGGCUGGACCUAGCUAAGAUAAUAGUUAAUUAUUACUGCCUUUUCUUAAUUCACAUUUAUAGUGUGAAUUAAGAUUGGCUUCGUUUAGUAAUGAUGUGCGAGAAUUAAUUUAAGUGGUCUAAGUUUUGAUGAGAAGCAGAAAUGACAUUCUCCCCUCCUCUUUCC